CCCAAGCAGAAAACCAAGAUGGCGGCCUCUAGGAACAUAUUGUCGUUCUCUGGUCAAGGAGUCUGAACUAUAAUUGAACAUUUUGCUUUGCAAACAUUCUGAGGACGGAAACCGGCGUUUGAGGAACCAGAAGUCUUACCUUGGCUACAGGGUUUUUCAUCUAGCUAUCGUCUCAAGUUGUCAACAUGAUCCUGUCUCGCGUGAAACCCGCCGUGGGGGGAGAGACGACGGCCAGCGUCAACGAGAAGAAGAAGAAAAACAAAAGCAAAGUUCCCACUUUGGAAGAAUAUUUGCAACAGAGAGACUACCUUGGAGCACUAACUCUUUUGGAGUUCCAGAGAAGUAUCGGAGAGCAAGAGGAGCACGCAGACCUUUGGAUUGGCUUCUGCGCCUUUCAUUUGGGGGAUUACAAGAGAGCUAUGGAGGAGUACAAGGCACUGACUGCAAAGCCUGAUUGUCCUCCUGAUGUGUGGGUCUAUUUGGGUUGCGCCAUGUUUUUUCUGGGUCUCUAUAAAGAGGCUGAGGAGGCUGCAUUGAAAGCGCCAAAGUCUCCCCUCCAAAACCGACUCCUCUUCCAUUUGGGUUAUAAGUUUAAUGAUAACAAGAAGCUGAUGGAGUUCCACCAGAAUCUGGAGGACGUGACGGAGGACCAGCUGAGCUUGGCCUCCAUCCAUUAUAUGCGUUCAGACUACCAGGAGGCCAUCGAAAUCUACAAACACCUCCUCAGGCAAAACAUAAACUUCCUGGCGAUGAAGGUAUACGUGGCUCUGUGUUACUACAAGCUGGGCUACUACGACGUGUCGCAGGAGGUGCUGGCGGCGUACCUUCAGAACAUCCCCGACUCCACCAUCGCCCUCAAUCUCAAAGCCUGCAACCACUUCAGCCUGUACAACGGCAAAGCAGCCGAGGCUAAGCUGAAGAACCUCAUCGACAUCUCCUCCUGCUCCUUUGAGUUUGACAAGGAGCUUAUCAGACACAACCUGGUGGUGUUUCGCGGCGGCGAGGGGGCAUUGCAGGUGCUGCCCCCUUUGAUCGACGUCAUCCCUGAGGCUCGACUCAACCUUGUCAUCUACUACCUGAGACAAGACGAUGUCCAAGAAGCUUACAACCUCAUACAAGAUUUAGUGCCUACGACACCUCAGGAGUAUAUUUUGAAAGGGGUGGUUAAUGCUGCUCUGGGGCAACAGCUUGGAACGAGGGAGUACUUGAAAGUCGCCCAGCAGUUCUUCCAGUUGGUCGGCGGCUUAGCCAGCAAGAUCGACACUAUUCCUGGCAGACAGUGCAUGGCUUCCUGCUUCUUCCUCUUGAGGAAGUUUGAUGAUGUGCUCACAUACCUCAACUCGGUCAAGGGUUACUUCUACAACAACGAUACAUUUAAUUUCAACUAUGCUCAGGCCAAGGCAGCCAUCCGUAACUUCAAAGAAGCAGAAGAGAUUUUUCUUCUGAUUCAGAGUGAGAAGAUCAAGAGUGACUAUGUAUACCUCAGCUGGCUAGCCCGCUGCUACAUCAUGAACCAGAAGGGUCGUCUCGCCUGGGAGCUUUACUUGAAGAUGGGCACUUCCUCGGACUCUUUCAGCCUGCUUCAGCUCAUCGCCAACGACUGCUACAAGAUGGGCCAGUUCUACUAUGCAGCCAAAGCAUUUGACGCUCUGGAGAAGCUGGACCCCGACUCCAACUACUGGGAGGGCAAGAGAGGGGCAUGCGUUGGCAUCUUUCAGCUCAUUUUAGCCAACAAGGAAUCCAAGGAGACACUUAAGGAGGUGGUGCUCUUGCUGCGCAAUUCCGGAAACCCGCAGGUGGAAUACAUCAUCCAAGCCAUGAGGAAGUGGGCCAAAGACAACAGAGUCUUCCUCUCGUGACACACAUCAGCUGCCCGUGUGUCACAAUGAAUACCUGUUUAAAGCUAACAUGAUUAGAUCGGUUUAGGUUUGUGAAUAGAUGGUGGUACUGCCUGUAUUAUUAUAUUUUUUUAAUCAAAUAUAUGUGCAUUUUAAUUAUGA